UAACUAAUGUAAUAUAUAGAGCGGCAACUAAAUUUCACUCUCAUUUGACUUGACAUUGUUAACGCUGAUUCUAUCUGGAGUGCAGCAAGGCCAAACGAUGCCUUCUCAGUCACUAAGUCCGCUCAUUGCGGGUUUCACUGGUGGUGUAGUUAGCACAACGCUCCUACUUCCGCUGGAUGUCAUCAAAGUCCGGCUGCAAGUGAACGAAUCCCCUGCUUCACCAGUCGGUUCAGAUCAGAAACAUGGUCGUAAGCGGCGUUUGGGAGCUACUCGUGUGAUGCAAGGCAUUGUGAAACACGAAGGGUUUCGCGGAUUGUGGGUCGGCUGGACACCGGCUGUGAUUGGAUCCGCUGUGUCGUGGGGAGGAUAUUUCUUCUUUUACGAAAGCUUCAAAAAGCAGCUUUCCGCAAGCGACGUAUUGAGUUCACUCGAUAAUUUUGCCCUGGCCUGUACAGCUGGUGGCGUCAUGGUUUUAAUGACGAAUCCGAUCUGGUUGAUCAAGAUCCGCAUGCAACUCCAAAUGAAGAGAGCAAGCGAACUGCUCAAUAUCAAGCCGUAUCGAAAUAUUGGUGAUGCAGUAGCUACUAUUGUGAGAGAGGAAGGUCCACUGGCUCUUUAUAAGGGUGUCGGACCAGCUUUGUUAUUAACGUCCCACGGAGGAGUUCAAUUUGUGGUAUAUGAAUACUUGAAGAAGCACUUUCGCUUCCAACGGAUAAACCGGGAAGAAACAGGAAGAGCAACGCAAGGCAUUACGAAAAGACUACAAAACACAGUGACGUAUCCGUUACAAACGAUCAAGGCACGUAUGCAGCAAAGGUCGGAUGCGUUGGAAUUCACCGCUGACGGCGAGGUUCGGGCAGUCAGACGCGACUACAGAGGCCUGUUCUCAACGAUAAAGCGCGUGUUCAGACAAGAAGGCUUUGUUGGAUUUUUCAAAGGUUGCAUUCCCAAUGCCAUUCGAGUUGCCCCUGGUGCGGCUAUCACAUUUGUGGUUUAUGAAGCGCUUAUGGAUUAUCUCGAUUAG